AGAAAAUAUUUGCCAUUCAUUUCCUGUCGACUGGCAUAGCCCCGGAGCCGAAGAAAAACCCGCUGGAUAAACGGAAAAAAUUUCUGGUUCUCAGUUCAAAAGGCCUCUUCCUCUGUUCCCGCCGGCGGGUAACCACGGAGACGCUCCCAAUUGAUGGCGGUCUCAGCUUCUUUCUCGAUUAUAUCACCCGCCGCUUCAACCACAACUGCCGCCGAUUCCACUUCCACCUCCUCCUACCCAUUGAAAUUGAAACCCAACCCUAUUAACAAACUCAAUCUUAUCUUCUCCCGUCCACUCAAUUCCCGUUCCAUCCGCAGCUCCCGAGCUCCAGCAAUCUCGGCCUCGUCCUCCGCCGCUGACUCCCCGUCCUCGCCUUACGAAGAUGGGUCACCGGAGAUGUUCCUCGAGAGCAAUUCGAUUGCCGAUUUCAUGAGGUUCAAGAGAGGGCCCGAUAGAGGGAGCGGCGAGUUGCAGACGGCGGUUGUCCGGUACCGGAAGCGGUUCCCUUGGUCUAUUCUCAGCCCUUUUCUUCAGGUUGAUUUGGUUUCCACCAUUCACAUUGCUGACAAAGAGUACUUCUCGGCCCUUCAAAAGGAGCUCGAGUCUUAUGACUGUGUCCUGUAUGAAAUGGUGGCCAGUAGAGAAAGUUUAGAGAACAGAAGAAACCCAACUGCUAUAAGAAGGCUGAAAGGCCCCAGGUCAAGAGGGUUUAACAUUUUAGGGUUCAUUCAGCGCCAAAUGGCUCGAAUUCUCACCCUUGAUUUCCAACUAGACUGUCUUGAUUAUGAAGCAGAGAAUUGGUAUCAUGCUGAUCUCGAUUUUGAGACUUUCAAACAACUUCAGCUUGAAAAGGGUGAAAGCUUGUUCACAUUUGCAAGAGACAUGACCCUUAAGUCGACAAAAGCCAUGCUUCAGCCCACUAUACCAGAUAAUCUCGGCCCUUUGCGAUCCAAGCUUCUAUGGGCAUCUCGGGUUCUUCCUAUGCCCCUCGUUGGCCUUUGCCUUAUUGGAACACUCUGCAAUGUGGGAAGUCCUGCUUCAGACUACUCUGAAGUCGAAGCCCUUUCGAGGCUCGAUUUUGGUGCUGCCAUGAAGGUGUUUCUUGCCAAGCGACUCACAUCCGAGUUCACCCAGGUGACGGCUGAUGUGGAGGAGAAGUCAGUGAUCAUCGGAGAGAGGAACAGAGUAGCUCUGGAAGCACUGAAGAGAGCAAUGGAUGACGGCCAAAACAAGAUUGCCAUACUGUACGGUGGAGGCCACAUGCCGGAUUUAGGACGGCGGCUGAGGGAAGAAUUCGAUUUGGUUCCCUCAAGAGUCCAGUGGAUAACCGCAUGGUCGAUCGAGAACCGCGAUGUAAAGACCAAUUCCCUUCCAUUCCUGAAGACAAUGGCUGAAGUUUCAGGAUGGCCGUUGAACCGGUACCAAACUCUGGCAUUGCUCAUAUUCUCAACGGUCCUGGCCGUGGAUCUCUGGUUCUGGGAGCUCUUCUUUGGCUCUUCAGUGAAUUUCGUGUCCCAAGUUGCCGAGUCGGUCAACGAAUAUGUUGGCCAAUACCUGGUGUGAGAAUCAGAAUAUCCACAGUGCAGACCCUGUCUUCUUCUUCAUUUACUUUCUCUUUAUUGUUGAUAUCGAUUCAUCCAACUGGAUACACAAAUAGUGUGUACAUAUCUCAAACCCUGUUGAUAGACUGAAAUAUUUAUUUUCUCCCGAGCAUUUGAACUGCAAACUAGAAAGCGUUUCUAUUGAUUGAUGUCCAAAGUUACAGCAGCUGGAAGAUAUGAAAACUGUAGAGAACUAGAUUGUCUUGUCACGAUUUUGCAGGCUUCCUACCUCCGCUUGGUCUUCUCAUUCCAAUGUUCUGACGAAAAAUUGAUCGCAGCAAACUAUAAGAUGCAGAAAACAGAGGAUUGCUAAAUAUGUAGAAAGAAGUGUAAACAUUUCCAGAGGCGAGCGACAGCUCUUCUGGAUGUGGAUGCAUUUGAUGCAGAGACUGCGCGUCUUAUGCCUCUUCUUCCAGAAGCUCGCUGCUACUUUAUUCUGCCAAAACAAC